AUGGGGCGUGAUGUAGGGGAGGCAGACGAGGUCCCGGACGGCAGCCUGGGGGUGGAUCCGGGCGGCGGCUGCGCGACGAGCUUGAAGAUGACGACGGGAGGCAGCAGCAGCGGAUGUGGACGGGGAGGUCGUGGCUACAGGCGUGAUGCAGGAGGCGUCGGCAGCAGGACUUGGCAGCAGCUUGGCCAGGGGAACGACGGAGGCAGCGGCGGAGGAGCUACCGAGGGACGAGGCGGCCGGGAUGGACGGGACCGGGCACGGGGCUUCAAGGCGAGGAGGAGGCACGACGGCGGAGAGCUCGGCAGAGAUUCUCCAAGAUCCGACGGCAGUACUUUCUCCUCACCCCCCUCUUUGUCUCAAAAAAACAUCCUACCCUCUCACCCCACAAAGCCCGGCCCACAGCCCCGCACUCCUCCCCUCGUCCCCAUCUCUCUCCUGCACUCCUCGCUCGUCCCCAUCUCUCUCGCUGCCGCCACCAACAGCGCCCGAUCCCAGCGACCUCCGGCGGGAAUCGACGGCGCCCAAAACACCAACGUGACCCUGACGCUCCGCUCUCCCCUCCUGUCUGGUGAGAUCCGGCGCACGCGUCCUCCAGCGGCCAAGCACGGCUGUCUCCCAUUGUUAGGGUUUCGUUCACUGAUGGAUCCAGCGCCGGCCGGCAACGAGGGCCGCCAGAUCCGCUACCUGGGAGGCACCUCCCGUAGGAUACGGGAGCAGCACGCCGCACCCUGCAGUCGCCAGUCCAGGACGAGCGCAGCGGGUCGAGGACGGUGGCGACAAACGCCGGCUCUCCUCUGCUUCAUCAACCUGGACGGCUGCUACUCCGCCAAAGACGUCUCCUACAGAUCUCGAACAUCAUAUUUGUUGAUCAGUCAACCGGGACUGGGUUCAGCUACAGCUCCGACAACCAUGAUACCCGUCACGACGAGGCAGGGGUCAGCAAUGACCUCUUUGACUUUCUUCAGCUGUGGAUACUGUGGCUACACAUUGAACUUGAGCUCCUCAACACGGAACACGACCAACAUUGGAUCCAAGUACGGGAACCAGAUCAGGAAAGCAGGUGCUCUGCUCUUGCGCACGGUUGGUGGCGUCUCUGAUGCAUCCGUGCUUCUUGAGGCGACUGUCAUGAUGGCGGGUGUGUAUGGCGGCGACCAGAAGCUCUCCAGUGAGCGGCUCCCUCUCCUACCCCUAGUUCUCUUUUCUACUCCUAUCGCAUUGCUCUGUUGGUUUAGAACACUAGCAACAGGAGUAGUAAAAGCUUACUGAUGUAGGAAUAGUGAAAGCUUCAUGGUUGAUCCUGAUUGCUGAACAUGGGAGAUGUAUCUUCUUUUGUGUAUCAAUUACAUAGUAGUACUAUGUAAUGGAACAGUCUAUUGUUGGAAAUAUGCCCUAGAGGCAAUAAUAA